CCGAGUGGCACUGAACACCGAACUGCUCGCACAGCUCGUCUCAGCCACCCAGCCACCCAGCUACCCGCCAACGCUCCGAAACCCGUCAGAAUGGUCCACUGGUCAGACGAAGAGCGCAAAGCCAUCACCUCCAUCUGGGGCAAGGUGGACGUGGAGUCCGCCGGCCACCAGGCCCUGGUCAGGCUCCUGAUCGUGUACCCCUGGACCCAGCGGUACUUCAGCUCUUUCGGAAACCUGUCCAGCGCCGCCGCUAUCCUGGGCAACCCCAAGGUCAAGCAUCACGGCAAGACCGUGCUGACCGCGCUGGGCGACGCCGUGAAGAACAUGGACAACAUCAAGGCCACCUUCUCCAAACUGAGCGAGCUGCACUCCGAGAAGCUGCACGUGGACCCCGAGAACUUCCGGCUCCUGGGCGAGACCCUGGUGAUCGUCCUGGCCGGGCAGUUCGGCGCCGAGUUCACGCCGGCCGUGCAGGCGGCCUGGCAGAAGCUGCUGGCCGUGUCCAUCUCCGCCCUCAGCAAGCAGUACCACUGAGCGCGCGCGCCCCCGCGCGCCCGGCUUGAUCCAGCCGCCAUGAAAUAAAGUGCUUUCUUAUUCAGCA